AUCUUGCGGAGGCCAUGUUUCUGCAUGGACGCACCAGAAAACCGGUGGAGCUUAAGGGUAAUGGCAGGCCGGGGAAAUUUUCACUUGUGUAGAAGUAGGAGUAGUAGUAGUAGUAGUAGUAGAAGAAGAAGAAGGUGUAGAGUAGUUUAUAGAUCCGGGGGCUGGGCGAGCGCCUUGAUGAGUUCUGUUCGGCGAGCAGAAGAAGCAGCAGAACAGAGCGCAGUUGCAGCUAGUUCAGCUGCUCUCUCUGCAUGAGCAGUUAAGAAACGACGUUGCGCCACUGUGGGGGAAUCAAAUGUGUGCAUGUGGACAACCCUAGCGACUGAAUAGAUCAGUGAAGUGCAGUGAGGGAGGUCGCGAACGAGUGCUCGGUGUAGAGUCUGUAGACGAGCCGAGAUGAGUUUGAGCUGGACUGAUUGACAGAGCAGCUUCCGACAGUGUACUGCCAAGUACACGCGCGAGCGAGUGUGGAAGCAAGGGGCGGGACUGAGUGGUGGAGUGAAUGAGUGAGGCGAGCUAGCCUCGUGGGAUUGCUCGUCCUUCCCGAGAGAACGCGAGAGGAUGACAGGUUCUGGUGAUACCCGAACUGAUCGGGAGGAUUUGCGUGAGGCCUUGAGGUGGUGAUUUGGAUCAGUGUGGAUUACUAGCAUUGCUCAUUUUGAGCUUUUAGUUGUUGAUCCGGGAGCACGCAUAUCAGCGAACGGAACUAUGGUGUGGAGCUAUUUUUUUUAUUCGGGUUAGUGGGCAGAGUAAAGACAGCUCUGAGUUCCACGAUGCAUACUUGCAUUGUGGAUGGAAACGCUAGAAUGUGUACAUUGUGGAUCAUCUAGAGGUCACGCAGGGUGACCCAAAAUUAUUAGACCCAACGUCGUCUCAUCCGGAGGGGAGCUCCUUAUUUCAAAGCCCAUAUUUUUGGCUGUCAGUCAAGCAGGUGGAUCCUUGAGCCGCAUACUGGUGAAUACUUUAAAUUGGCAGUGGGUUGCUGCGCGCAUUAUGUGAUUAGUUGUUGCGGUGCCUUGGAUCAUCAACACGAUGGGUAAAACGAACUUGUAUGGACAUGGCCGCAUGCUGAACUGGAAAUCUGCGGUCACUAAGGAAGGAGAGUGUGUCCCGCAAACCUCGUGGACCGCACCACUCCCAAACCUUCUCACAGCUCUGGCUCAAGCAGCCUGAAGUUGGCAGGUACCGCAAGUGAACUCGUUCUGUGGUACGUUGUUUGCCUGAAUGUAUCCGCGGGAGAGUAGAUCCAGGUGUUCGGCUCUCAUGAACGGGACUUGCCGAAGUCGUAGUAGAGAAGGUUGAAUGAAUCACGAAGGAUCGAGAAAUGGGGACCCCGGAGAUGCAUCGUCACGACCUAAUAAUCUCUUGCGUCGUGUACGGCACAGUUUUUUCAGUGCUUAGUGCACUCUCCAUUGUUAUCCUUGCUGCUGUCAAUUGGCGUCCAUGGAGGAUCUACAGUUGGAUCUUCGCUCGGAAAUGGCCUUGGUAUCUGCAAGGCCCGCAACUAAGCUAUGUUGCAGGAGUAUUGUGUUGGGGUGCCUGGGCUGCAGUUGUCUCUCCGAUCGUGGUCCUUACGCUGUGGGGGAUAAAACUAAUUGUUCUCCUGGACCACGACACAAUCGGUUUAGCAGUUAUUAUGGCUGGAACGGCUCUUUUGUUGGCUUUCUAUGCAAUCAUGUUGUGGUGGCGAACGCAGUGGCAGAGUUCAAGGGCAGUCUUUAUCUUACUUUUGUUAGCAGUUACGCUAUUGUGUGGAUACGAAGUUGCCGCGGUUUAUGUCAGUGCUGGAAGGAGUGCUUCACAUCGCUACUCGCCCUCAGCUUUCUUCUUUGGUGUUUCGGCGAUUGCCAUGGGUAUCAACAUGCUCUUUAUAUGCAAAAUGGUCUAUCAUGGUUCUGGCCUGGAUGUGGAUGAGUACGUAAGACGAUCUUACAAGUUUGCUCAUGCUGAUUCCAUAGAAGUGGGACCUGUUGCAUGUAUGCCAGAGCCACCGGAUCCGAGGGACCCAGCCCUGCAAAAGAAAAAUAGGGCUCUCCGUUUUGCUACUCUCUACCUAGGUUCCGUCCUAGUGCUACUUGGAUACUCGAUCCUCUAUGGUCUCACUGCUCGGAAAGCUCGUUGGCUUGGAGGUGUUACAUCGGCUGCAGUGAUGAUACUUGAUGCAAAUGUUGGAGCGUGUUUGUUCGGCUUUCAGUUGCUGAAGAGCCCACUUGUUGCACUCAUUGUCGCAGGAGUUUACCGUUGUUUGCUAAUAUGUUUUGGAGUUUAUUAUUGGUACCUCGGCCAUUGCAUAAGUUAUGGGGUUGUGGCGACAGUGCUUUUAGGAGCGGCCGUGAGGCGACAUCUAUCUGUAAUGAAUCCUGCAGCCGCACGCAUAGCUGCCUUGGAUCAUACCGUAGUACGUCUUAGAGAAGGUUUUCGAAAGAAAGGUUUGGGGAGCUCUUCUAGUUUCUCAGAUGGACGUACAUCAAGCGCAAUGCGUAGCAGCAGUGUUGAGGCCGCCCAGGUUGGUGUAGCGCUAGAAGCUAUGAACAGAAUGAAUUUGAGACAUCCAGGUGAAGUGCCUCAUUCUGGACUUGCAUGCCCACAAUUUGGAUCGCUUGCAUCGCAGCAUGGCGCAAUUGGGGUCAUUGAGGAGUGUGUCGAGGAUGCUAGCUCUCCCCUGCCAAGCGAGAACGAUCAGGCUACUGGGGAACAAACCUCUGUGACGACCACCAACGAGGGCAAUCGACCAGAUCCGACCACAGAUUUAGAUACUGGACUUAUUCCAGGAGACAAACAAGGGCUGUCAGAGCGGCACAGGCAGUAUGUGCCAGACCUUGGGCAUAGUUUGGAAUCUUUUACAAGCUUUGGUGGCAUGGAACAACUUGAUCAUCUGGCCAUAAUGUUUCAAGAGAGGUUGAAUGACCCACGGAUCACGUCCAUGCUGAGACAUGGCGUUCGUAGAGGAGGUGAGCAAGAUUUGACAACACUGCUUGAGGACAAAGGUCUGGACCCUAAUUUCGCAGUCAUGCUCAAAGAGAAAGGGCUCGAUCCAACUCUUUUGGCCUUAUUGCAAAGGAGCAGCCUCGAUGCCGAUAGGGAUCACAGAGACAAUACAGAAGCAGGGGCCGGAGGAAAUCCAUCAGAAGGCGCAGUUCGGGAGGAAGUUAUUACCUGGUCAGAGGAGCUCAGGAUGAAGCAGUGGGAAAAGUGGAUACAGCCUAUUCGAUUCCUUGUUAAUUUGUUCGCGGGCACACCAGAGCGUGCUUGGAUUUUAUUUAGUGUAGUAUUUGUUCAGGAGACAAUAUUUGUCGCAAUAUUUCGACCUCAGACUGUGACUGUUAUAAAUGCCUCUCAUGAGCAGUUCGAGUUUGGAUUUUCAGCCCUCUUACUGUCCCCCGUAGCAUGUUCUAUAAUGGCUUUUUUUUGGUCCCUACAAGCCGAAGAGAUGCGCCUUACGUCGAGACCUCGCAAGAUUGGUUUUGGCGCAUGGCUUUUGAGUACAUCAGUGGGUCUUCUGCUUGCCUUUCUCAGCAAAUCGUCGAUAAUUUUGGGCCUCGCUUUAGCAGUGCCACUUAUUGUGGCCUCUCUAUCUGUGGCGAUUCCGCUUUGGAUACGAAAUGGUUUUAGGUUUCAUAAACCUCCUGUACGAGAUACGCAGUCAGAUGGAGCUCAGCAUUCUCAAAGUGUUGGCCUUUUCGGACAGAAAGAGAAUCUUGUUAUGACUUUGGCGGUCCUUGUCUGUCUCGGUUCUAUAAUUGCUCUUGCUGGGAUUAUUUCCUUCAAGCCAUUAGAUGAACUGAGCUACUCUGGAUGGAACGGAAAGCAUGAGAAAUCUGUAUCUCCAUACACAUCAUCCUUAUAUUUGGGUUGGGCCAUUGCAUCGGCUUUGGUUUUGAUCUUGACCGGGAUGUUACCUGCAGUCUCCUGGUUCGCCACUUAUAGAUUUACUCUGUCCUCAGCAGUUUGUGUGGCAGUUUUCAUAGUUGUUCUUGUUACGUUCUGUGGAGGCUCUUAUGUCGCUAUCGUGCAUUCACACGAUGAUAAGAUGCCGACGAAAGCGGAUUUUCUUGCUGCCUUGUUACCCCUGGUGUGCAUUCCUGCAGUUUUUUCACUAGGAUGCGGCCUUUAUAAGUGGAAGGAUGAGGGUUGGCAACUUUCACGAGGUGUUUAUGCCUGUGUUGGAGUUGGACUUCUGUUGCUGCUAGGGGCAAUAUCAGCUGUCAUUGCCACAAUUAAUCCUUGGAUGAUUGGAGUGGCGUUUCUUCUCUUCCUUCUCUUACUGGUUCUGACGAUCGUUGUAAUCCAUCAUUGGGCUUCACACAACUUUUAUCUAACACGAGUAGAGAUGGUGCUGGUCUCUCUGGCUACACUCGUGUUGGCCCUGGCAGCUUUCGCUGUAGGGCUCAUCGCAGAGGAGCCGUUUGUGGGGGCUUCCGUUGGAUAUUUCGCCUUCCUUUUUCUACUAGCAGGCAGAUCUUUGACGGUGUUGUUAUCACCUCCGGUGGUAGUGUAUUCUCCUCGAGUACUUCCUGUCUAUAUCUACGACGCACAUGCAGACUGCGCAAAGAAUGUCAGUGGAGCUUUCCUAGUGCUCUACGCAGUCGCUCUUGGAACAGCUGGAUGGGGAGUUGUUGCAAGUCUGGAAAUAUAUCCACCGUUUGCUGGGGCUGCAGUUUCUGCUAUCACCCUGGUAGUAGCCUUCGGGUUUGCUGUCUCGAGGCCUCAAACGUCCUUGAAGACCAUGGAGGAUGCUCUGCACUUUCUAAGAAUCGAAACUGUUGUGCAAGCUAUUGCUCGCUCUUCGACCAAGACAAGAAAUGCACUUUCCGGAACGUAUUCCGCCCCCCAGAGAUCAGCAAGCUCAGCUGCCUUACUGGUCGGAGAUGCCUCUGUUGCUCGGGACAAAGCCGGGAACUUCGUGCUCCCACGUGCUGACGUUCUGAAGCUGCGUGAGCGACUUCGGAAUGAAGAGCAUGCAGCUGGCCUUUAUCCUUGUAGAGCCGGCGCUGCGUUCAUCCGCCAUGAUGCAACCGCAGAUGUGGGGUAUCGAAGAAAGCUGUGCGCACACGCAAGGAUUUUGGCCCUUGAGGAGGCAAUUGAUACCGAAUGGGUGUACAUGUGGGACAAGUUUGGGGGCUAUUUGCUCCUCGUUCUUGGUCUUGCGGCUAUAGCAGAACGAGUACAGGACGAAGUCCGACUGCGACUCUUUUUGGACAGUAUCGGCUUUUCAGACUUGAGUGCUAAAGAAAUCAAUAAGUGGACGCCAGAAGACAGGAAGAGAUUUGAGAUUGUCCAAGAAGACUAUAUGCGGGAAAAAGAGAUGGAAGAGGAAUUGAUGCAGCAACGAAGAGAAGAAGAGGGUAAAGGCAAAGAAAGAAGGAAAGCAUUGCUAGAAAAAGAAGAGAGAAGGAGGCGAGAAGUUGAGGCAUCAGUUAUAUCAUCUGUUCCAGAUGUUGGGACUAAGGAGGCAAUAGCCAUGGCGGCUGCAGUUCGUGCUGUGGGUGGAGACGUCUUGUUUGACGACAGCAAAGCUGGUGAAGAUAUUCUUCGUCGUAUCUUUUUAGCUCAAAGGGCUCGAAGAGCACAGGAGACUGGUGUUCCUGGAACACAGUGCAUAAUUGACGAUGAGCCACGUUCAGGACCAAGACCGUGUGGGGUUCUUGACAGUUCCGUCUGUGGAAGUCGUAAAGUCACGUUCUCAGCAGCUGUUCUUGUUCAACCGGAGUCGGGGCCAAUAUGCUUACUUGGAUCAGAAACCCGACAACUGAUUUGCUGGGAGAUUCUAAUUGCUGGAGCAGAGCAAGGUUUGGAGGCAGGGCAAGUAGGACUGAGGCUUGUUGUCAAGGGUUCUGGACAAACCACUUCAGCAAGAGAGUGGAAUAUCGGCAAUACAUGUCUUGCUGAUGGAAGAUGGCACACUGUAACGGUUACUUUGGAUGCCGAAAUUGGAGAGGCAGCAGCAUAUCUGGAUGGAGAAUACGAUGGUUUCGCGAAAUUUGAGUCUUUGAAUGGCUUGCAACAACCGGCUGAAGGCGGCAUUUGGGAAGAUGGUACCGAGGUUUGGGUUGGUAUUAGACCACCCAUGGAUCUAGAUGCUUUCGGUAGGUCUGACAGCGAAGGAGCUGACUCACGCAUGCACGUGAUGGACGUUUUCUUGUGGGGCCGGCUACUGAACGAGGAGGAGAUAGUUUUAGUUCAUGAUUGUACCAGCAUGAGCCAGGAGGAGUACAAUGAUCACGAUCUUCCAGAGGAUGGAUGGCGGUCCCCUGUUGAAUCACCUCUUGAAGAUUGGAGCUAUGAUGCGACAGCAGAUCUGGACUUAUAUGACAGGGAAACCAUGGAAACGUACUGGGAUGAGGAACCCACAAAUGGUCGGAAGAGAAAACUGGAGAAAGAAUCUGUGGCCCUCGAGAUGGAUCAUAUUUCGAGAAAAUUGAGGAGACCACCGAGAGUUGAGACCCAGGAAGAGGUGGCACAGAAAAUGAGGGCCGUCGAACUCGCCGUGAAGGAGGCGUUGGCUGCACGAGGAGAAACACACUUUACGGAUCAGGAGUUUCCGCCUACCAAUCAAUCAUUAUAUGUCGAUCCCGAACAUCCCUUGCCGAAGUUCCAGGCUGUGACCGAGUGGCUGCGUACGGGUGCAGCACUCAAGGAUUCAAGUCCAGUAUCCCAGCCAUGUCUUUUUGCAGGCCCUCCAAACUCUUCUGAUGUUUGUCAGGGACGGUUGGGCGACUGCUGGUUCUUGAGUGCAGUCGCAGUGCUGACGGAGACUUCGAAGAUUUCGGACGUAAUUGUUACGCCUGAAUUCAAUGAGGAAGGAAUAUACACCGUCCGCUUCUGCAUUCAGGGUGAGUGGGUGGCAGUAGUGGUGGAUGAUUGGAUCCCGUGUGAGGGUCGUGGGAAGCCAGCAUUUGCAAAGAGUAGAAAGCGUAACGAGCUGUGGGUAUCAAUACUUGAAAAGGCUUAUGCGAAGUUGCAUGGCUCUUAUGAAGCCUUGGAAGGGGGAGUAGUACAAGAUGCCCUCGUGGAUUUAACAGGUGGUGCUGGCGAGGAGAUAGAUUUGACACAGAGUCAGUUAGAACUUGCUAGCGGUAGGUUAUGGUCACAGAUGCUGCGAUUCAAGCAGGAAGGAUUUCUUCUUGGAGCUGGCAGCCCUUCUGGGUCAGACACUCAUGUUUCAUCUAGUGGUAUUGUGCAAGGCCAUGCGUACGCUUUGCUCCAGAUACGCGAGGUCGAUGGACACAAGUUGGUACAAAUAAGGAACCCCUGGGCAAAUGAUGUCGAAUGGAAUGGUCCUUGGUCUGACUUAUCAUCGGAAUGGACAGACCGUAUGAAACACAAAUUGAAGUACACGCCUCAGGCCGAGGACGGUGUAUUUUGGAUGUCGUGGCAAGAUUUCCAGCUUCAUUUCCGGUCUCUUUAUGUUUGUCGAAUAUAUCCUCCCGAAAUGAGGUAUUUGGUUCGUGGUCAAUGGCGGAGUUCCUCAGCUGGUGGCUGCCAGGACUACAACACCUGGCAUCACAAUCCUCAGUUUCAUAUUAAGGCAGUCGGGGCAGAUGCGCGGCAGCGCAUUCAUGUAUUUAUCACCCUCACGCAGGGUGUUCGUUUCUCUUCAAAAAGUCGGCCGGGAUUUAGAAAUUACCAGUCUGGUGGUGAUUCUUCGCUCUUUUUUAUUGGUAUGAGGAUCAUUAAAACUAGGGGAAGGCGGUCCGGUCCAAAUAUAUUUAUGCACGAAGCAGUGACAGGUACUGACUAUAUCAAUACAAGGGAAAUUCCUUGUGAGAUAGUUCUGGAGCCUGAUCCUGAUGGUUACACCAUUGUGCCUACAACUAUUGCUCCUGGGCAAGAAUGCCAAUUUUUACUCUCGGUGUUCACCAAGGCUUCUAUUACUCUCGAACCACUGUGACUUCCAGUGUUAGACCCGCAGGUGGUUGAAAGAAGGUCUGUGUACUCAGUGAGUAUCGCUUCCGGGAGUGUUUUCAAUGGGACUAUUUGACUUGUGGCCUCAUCAUCAGCUCAUUCUGGGUUGCCCAUGGAGCAGGGAAGCACAUACCUGAAUUUGAACUUCAGGGAAGCAAAUCGUCCCGACGCAUGUGGAAUUUUUACGAGGUCUUAUCCGUAUGGCAUUGGAGAUGCAUCUACUUAGACCAAUGAGAACUACACGCUGCAGGGACUUCUCCCACGAAAAUCAGAGAUUGAUUCUACUGCUCCUUCGACAUAUAUUAGCAGUAAGCAUGGUUGUAUGCAAUGAUCCAAUGUGUAUGGACUAUCAACCUAAAUUUACAACUGUGGUCGAAGUGAGAACGCUCUUGAUGAUUACAACUGUAAAACAAAUCUGGCUUGGUUGACAUGCCCAGUCUUCCUGUAAGAGUUGUACUACUAAAGAGAAGGAUCAACUCCGCGCCCUUCGGCGUCAAAAUUAUCCA